CGGAUUUAGCUGAGAAUGCGAUUAGCAUACGUUUGCCAGACUACAAUCCACGCAACCCCAGAGUAUGGUUUCACCGGGUUGAGGCUGUUUUUGCCACACGACUCAUCGCUUCCCAAGUCACCCUGUUUUCCUAUGUUGUCCAGCAUCCUCCUUGUGAUGUAGCAAGAGAAGUUGAAGAUCUGUUGGAAGAUAUUCCUAAGGAAAAUCCGUAUGACGCCCUUCGGGCGGCCGUCAUAACCACGCGAUUUUCCUAUGUUGUCCAGCAUCUUCCUUGUGAUGUAGCAACAGAAGUGGAUGAUCUAUUAGAAGAUAUUCCAAAGGAACCCGUAU